CGUCCAUCCCUCCCUCCUCCCUCCCGCCUUGUCUCCCCUCGCCGGCCGCAGCCAUGUCCGAGCCCCGGACUCCGCGCUUCAGUGACAGAGCAGUGCAGGUUCUGCUGGAGCAGGUGAGGGCUCGCAGGGAGGUGUUUUUCCCCUCCCAGGGCCGGAGUGUGCCCAGGGAGAUGGUGCACCAGGCCUGGGUCGAGGUGGCACACAGCGUCAACGCCAAGAGUGAGGUGCCCAAGACUUGGCUGCAAUGCCGCAAGAAGUUCAAUGGCCUGACCUGGACUGCUAAGGAGAAGUUGGCACACAAAAGAAGGAAAAGAACCAGCUGCGAGGAACGGCCAGCCUCCAUUCUAAAUCUCACCCAGAUGGAGCAGGAAGCCCUGGACAUCAUUGGGCCAAACAGCAGGAGAAACCUCGAGAAUGGCAAGGCUGGAGGCCAAGUACCACAGGAUCUGACACAUUACCUAGGCUUUAUGAGGCAGGAGAUGGAGGGGGGACAUUUUACAGAAGAUGCACAGUCGCCAGCCCCGUCAUUCCAGUACAUCACCACUGACAUGAACAUCUCCGGUAGCAUGGAUGCUCAGCUGAAUGGAUCGGCUCACUAUGAAUUAUUCGGCAGUAACGAACAGGAGCUGGCUAUAGAGGAAAGGACUGUAGAGGAGACAGAUGACUCGAGGGCAACCUCUGGUCCCAGCUAUGUCGAAAAGGAUGAAGAUGCAGAUUUAACCGGCCCUGCCUUUAAAAGAAAGCUUUUCCAUGAACAUCAUCAGUUGCUCAAAGCUUUGGACAGUCUACCCAAGAGUUGUCUCACCCUGUCUGAGAGUGUAGAAGAGUCUGCUUCUAUAUUUUGUGGAGUUGUGGCGCAGGGCAUCACUACUCUCCAGUCUACCAUGGAGCGUGUUGCCAACUCUGUGGACGCAGCAAUGAAGCCCUCUGUCCAGGAGCCUGUGACACCCACACUGGCGUCAUUGAUUGAGGCUCAAACUGGUGCUAUUCAGGCCCUGGCUUGCACCAUAUCCACUAGUUUAGAAAGGCUGGGUGGGCGCAUUGAUAGGGGCUUCAGUAACGUCUCUGACCUCCUCCAGUCUGCUGUGCCGCAGGUCAAUGGCAGCAUGGUCAAUGAGUCGCGGCAUCAUCUGAGUGAGCCAGCUGGAGUGGCUCUUGCUGGUCCCUCUCUGGAUAACAGCACGUCUGCUCACCCGCCAUCUCCUCCAGCCCCAGCUGCUCCUGCAGCAGCACCAUUGAAUCUGCAGUCGGCGAUCAGACCCCCUCGAGCUCAAUGGGACCGGCGCCCUUGAGCAUUUUCCACCCCAUGACCGAGCUACAGUAACUGCCAGCUCUUGAGCAAAGCCACAAGGGAGUCUCGUGUUGGAACAGCUAGAGGACUUGAUAAAGGUAAAAUUAGUAGGUCUACUGAUAGUUGCAUAAGCAAUAAAGUAUUACAUUGUUUUCAAGUCUAAUGUUUUUGGGUGGCUGCUUUUAACUAUGGUACUACAAUCUUGAGUAUCGGACAUCAGUGAAUGAAAGUAUUAUUGGAUGGAAGUAUUAUUGGAAUGUUGAAUGACCAUUGAACAUGUUUUUCAGGACUAUUAAUGGGCAGGAGUUUACUAGUCCAUAAUUCAGGUAUAAAAGGCCAGGAAGCACAUAACACAGUAGUUUGUUGUCUACUAAUCUGAUUGACAUUCAGACAACUAUUUUAUCAGUGGUUACAUAGGAGAAGGCCAUUCUGCCCUUUGAAGCCAUUCCACCAUUCAACAUGAUCGUUACCAUAUUCUUGUUAUAGCCCCAAACCUAGUGGUGCUUUGUGUCGAGAUAUCUGCUUAUCACCACCUUACAUGUUCAAUGACUUAGCUUCCAUUGUCUACAGUGUUAGUGAAACAUAGAAAAUAGGUGCAGGAGUAGGCCAUUCGGCCCUUCAAGCCUGCACAGCCAUUCAAUAUGAUCAUGGCUGAUCAUCCAACUCAGCCUGUUGUCAAGAAAUCCAUCCUCAUAUCAGUCCAAAUGUUCAGAUGUCUCUCAGUCUAGAUUUCUCUAACCUUAACUAACACUCUCUUCCCCUCUUCCCCUCCCACUCUCUCUCUCUUUUUUCGCUGUCCUGAUUAAUUUUACUUUGUAUGCCUCGUUGUCACCUUCUCCUCAGCCAACAAUGAACCAUUGUACAUUUCCUUGAUCACUAUCAUCUUUGAUUUGUCAUUUCACACCUUAACCUUCCAUAUCUCUAGUUUCUCUCUCCCCUGACUCAGUCUGAAGAAUGGUCUCAGCUAGAAAUGUCACACAUUCCUUCUCUCCAGAGAUGCUGCCUUUCCUGCUGAGUUACUCAAGCAUUUUGUGUCUGUUUUCAGUCCUAAAAAGCUUGCCCCAUGUCUGAGUGGCCAGUGGUUUCAGACCACCCUAUCUGGGGAAAAUGGAAGGUAGACAAAAAAGCUGGAGAAACUCAGCGGGUGAGGCAGCAUCUACGGAGCGAAGGAAAGAUUAGACAAUACAUAAAAUGAGGGUGACGUUAUCCUCAUAAGGUGGAAGCAAUUAUUGGUUAAGUGAUCUAGUGUGUUGUGGGAUCACUGCAGGAUAUUACAGAGCUCCGACAGGUUCAGAAACAGCACUGACAAACAAACUUCAUAGUAACCUGAACAUAAUUAGCUCUGUAUUUACAAACCUUGUCAACAAGGUAUGGACUCCAUCCCACUGCUGUGUUGUUCUGUAGUUGAACUGCCACUUACCCAGCUCCCACUCUUUCAUCCAGAAUGGAAUGACCACAUCAAUUCCACUUUCUUAACAACUGCACUCAGUUAAGAGUUGUGAAGCCUUUGAAGACUCGAGUAGUAAUAACCCUGUCAAAGGCUACACACUGAUUAAUCCCUAAGACAGCAUUGUCUAUUGGUGUUGUAUAUGGUACAUUGUAUAUUGUCUAUUGAUGUUUCUGGGUAGCAUUCCUAUAAAGAAGCUAGUGUAGAGGCGCAAACGUUGUGAAUAAAUGGAUUCUUUAUUCGGGCAUUGUAGGUUUCAAAUACAUGGACGUUUAACACUUUAACAUAAUAGUCGUAGUUGUUGAGAGGCUGUUGCCUCGUGGGCUCGGUUGUGCUCCUGCUGCGGUGGCAGGACACACUCAUGAAGUGAGAGGAAGCAGAAGAGCAAGAGAGCGAGAGAGGGAAGGUCAGGACUUGUAUUGGGGGUGUUCCCUAGUAUAUAUCUCGUGAUACCUUCCCAGGAUUGCCGAGGAUUUGCAUAGGAGGAGUGGCCGAACCACUAGGUGCCGCUACACUAGGACAUUAUUGUUUUGUCCAUUUCAGCACUUAGUGACUUUUCGUUGCAACAUCACCCGCAGUUCCUUCUAUCUGCUUGUUCCUGUCUGUGUUGGAUUCAGUAGCUUGAGCAAUACGUGAGCACAAAUUAUUGGCAUUAUUAAAGGACAGGAAAUUAUCAGCAAAGAUUUUGAAACUAUUGAAUCACACUAAUUCCUGUCUUGUCAAAUUAUUGCAACUUUUUUUUAAUUUUUAUUUAUUUAUUUUUUUAUUGCAACUUUUUUCAAAGGAUUUAUUUGGAAAAAAAAAUUCUGUAUGUUUCAACUUCCAAAAGCCGACUGAUGAACAUUGUUUCAGUUUGAGCAUUGAACAUGAAUUUGUGAAGAUUGGCCCUCUCAUACAUUAAAGCAGUGAAACAUUCUAGAGAAAUGAGUGUGUAGCUUUAUUCAGAGUGGUUGUUGGUGAGUCUGUAUUUGAAAACAAAAACAUUGUGUAUUUUUAAGUGUUUAAGAAGGAACUGCAGAUGCUGGAAAAUCGAAGGUACACAAAAAAAGCUGGAGAAACUCAGCAGGUGAACUUAGGGGUAAUAUGAGGGGGAACUUCUUUACUCAGAGAGUGGUAGCGGUGUGGAAUGAGCUCCCAGUGGAAGUGGUGGAAGCAGGUUCAUUGGUAUCAUUUAAAAAGCAAUUGGAUAGGCAUAUGGAUGAGAAGGGAAUGGAGGGUUAUGGUACGAGUGC